AUGACGAGGCUCAUCUCCAUUAUCCUUUUCCUUUGUUACUUGCAGAAGGGGUUUGCCGCCAAGCAAUGUUAUUAUCCGAAUGGAGAAGAGGCCCCCGACCACCCUUGCGAUGAAGAUGCCGAGGUGAGCACAUGCUGUGGAGGAAGCUUCGGAUCGAUCUGUGCCGACACUGGAGGAACCGACCUGGUGGGCUGUUCGAACGUUACGAAUACCGAUACUUCAUAUUGCUGCGAUCACAAUGCGAACUGCUGCGACAACGGCGUCGGAAGGUUCAAUGUGUAUCCCUCAAAGCCGAAGCCUUGGGCCACAUGGAACCGACAAGCGACAGAAUAUCUAGUUGUUGGCACGAUGUACACUGGCGAUCCCGCAUCUUCCACUGCAGAGGCCACGACGACCGGCGCAUCUUCGUCUGCGAGUACAACAUCGGAAGCGGCCUCAUCAACCACGGGUGAGGCCCAGGCACCCGAGUCGACCGAGGCACCAGCAGCCGGACUCUCGACUGGCGCCCAGGCAGGCAUUGGAGUUGGCGUCGGUGUUGGAGCACUCGUAAUUGCAGCCGUGGUAUACCUUUCCUGGAAGAUGCGCAAGAAUGAAAAGGCCGCCAAAGAGGGCAAUCAUUCAUCACCCGACCACGGUGCGCCGCAGAUGGGCAAUGCCUGGCAGCAGACUCACUACUUGCCCAAGGAACCACAGGAACUUCAUGGACACCAGUUUCAGGGCUAUGGUGUUCGGGCUGAGCUGCCGGCGCAAAAUUGA